GGAAUGUACAAGGUUUAGCGAACAAAUUAAAUGACAAUGAUUUUUUGCAAUUUAUUUCUAAGUUCGAAAUAUUAAUUUUCACGGAAACCUGGCACUCAAAAGUUACUAACAUUGAAAUUAAAGGUUUUGAGUAUUUCAGUUGUCCACGACCGAGAACAAAUAGAAAGGCGAAACGUUGUAGUGGUGGAGUCAUAGUAUAUUAUAAGGAAUCACUGAUCGGUAAAGUUGAAUUAGUCAAGAUUAAUAAUAACGGUAUUUUGUGGUUUAGGUUGAAUUGUGUGCAAUCUAAUAGUGACAAAGUAAUUUAUUUCGGUGUUGCGUACAUUCCGCCGGAGGACUCGUCUGUAUAUAAAACUCCACAAUCGUGUCUGUUUGAAUAUGACUUCUUUGAAUGUUUGAGUGAAGAUAUUUUACAAUAUAGUUCCCAAGGGGAAAUCUUUCUUGCUGGGGACUUGAACUGUCGAACAGCAGAAUUAAAGGAUUAUGUUGAAAACUUACGGUUAGACAGAUUUGUAAACAUACCGCUAAAUAAUGACAUUGAUAUACCCGUUAGAAAUUCACAAGAUAAAGGUAUUAACUCUUUUGGGCACAGAUUGAUUGCAUUGUGUAAAGAACACGAUCUGCUUAUUGUAAAUGGGCGUCUGGAGCCGGGAAAAUGUACUUACUAUUGUCUAAAUAAUAAGAGAUACGGGGCUAGUCUAGUCGAUUAUUUAUUAACAAAUAUAAGAAAUUUUGAAUAUAUUUCUGAUAUGACAACUAUGGAAUUGACGGAAUACUCUGAUCAUUGUCCAAUAGCAUAUAAUAUCAUGUGUCAGAAAACAGCUUUCUCGAAUAGCAGGGAACAUAUUAAAUUUGAUAAGAUAUAUUGGGAUUCUGGAAGGUCUAUGGAUUUAUUAGCAUCACUGGAAGAAAAUCGAGAGGUUUUUGAUCGAUUAACGAAUAAUAUUGUGAAUGAUAAUGAAAAUAUUGAUUCGAAUAUAGAAAGGUUAUCUGAAACUAUUUAUCAAAACUGUUUUAAGAUUUUUGGUAAGUCUGUAAAUUAUAAACCAAACAAAAUUAAAAAAAGAAAUGAGUGGUUUAAUGAUGAUUGCAGACGGGCUAAAAAUUUAUUUUUAGAUAACAAAAGGAAAGUAAAGAGGUGUGGAAAUUCUGAAAAUAUUGUCGAAUUUCUGCAGAGUCGUAAAUAUUAUUGUGAUGUAAAACGUAAAGCCAAGUACAACUUUUUUGCAAAGGAAAAGCGCAACAUUUCUGAACUUAGUCGCAAAUCACCGAAAAUGUUUUGGAAAAAGAUAAACAAGUAUAGAAAUUCAAGUAAAACAAGUAAUCCCGAUGUUGAAGUUUCAUUAUUUAGAAAUCAUUUUUCUAAAAUUCUAAAUACACCUGUUGAAAGUAGUUUUAUUUCAGAUAAUGUACAAAUAAUAAACGAAAGGGAUCGAUCUGUUGAUAUUGAUUGUUUAGAUAAGCCUUUUGACGUACAAGAAAUUUUUUCGAGGUUUCGCUUGGCUUAAAACAAGGGGAACCACUCUCGCCAAUACUUUUUAUACUCUUCGUAAAUGACGUCACAGCAAACCUUGAUUUUAACUCAUUAACAGAGUACGACUUGCAACAGCUUUCUAUUUAUUUGUUGAUGUUUGCAGACGAUAUGGUACUAUUUACUACCGACCAGAAGAGUCUCCAGGCACAGCUAGAUAGCUUGUAUAUUUACUCUGUUAAAUGGGGGCUUAAGAUAAAUAUUGAUAAAACGAAAAUAUGUAUUUUUAGAAAAAGAAAACAGAAUAUUGAUUUUCAAUGGUACAUUAAUGAUACACCAGUGGAAACUGUGAACUCUUUUUGCUAUCUUGGUGUGAAAUUUAAUUGUAAUGGAGCUUUAUCUGAAGCUAUUAAGGCACUGUCUGAUCAAGCACUUAAAGCUGUUAAUGGUCUAUAUUCACUAUUUUCUAGGUUAAAAUUUGAUGUUAAGACUAAAUUGACACUCUUUGAUCGUAUGGUUGAACCAAUUUUAUUAUAUUGUGCUGAAGUAUGGGGCGUAUACGAUACAAGUUGCUUAGAUAGAAUUCAUAUGAAAUUUUGUAAAAGGAUACCCGGUGUAAAAAUGCAAACCCCAAAUAUGGCAGUGUUGGGGGAACUUGGAAGGUAUCCUCUCUCAGUACUGUGUAAAGAGAGAGUUCUAAAAUAUUGGUUAAAGCUUGUAAAUAAUCCAGAUUCUAUCAUGACUGAUAUUUUUAGAGACCAAUGUAACAAUGUCAAUUCUCCCCGAUGUACAAACUGGCCCAAAUAUGUUAAAACUCUUUUAGAACAAUUAGGAUAUGGAUAUUUAUGGAACCAUAUAGCGCCAAAUAUUAACUAUUUUCCAAUGCUACAAAAACGGUUAAGAGACCAGUUUAUACAGGAAUGGCAUGGUAGUAUUACAAACAUGCCAAAACUAGAAUAUUAUUCAAGAUUUAAAAUGCUGUUUAUGUUUGAACCAUAUCUCACAAAUGUUGAUAAUGAUUACUUAAGAAAAUUACUCAGUUGUUUUAGAAUGUCUUCACAUUGCUUAGCUAUUGAAACUGGAAGGUAUAGUGGUAUAGCUAGGGAUCAAAGAAUAUGUCAAAAUUGUAAUUUAAAUGUUAUAGAAUCUGAGUAUCAUGUGUUAUUGACUUGUCCUAAAUAUAAAAACUUACGUUCAAAAUAUUUGCCAAAAACAUCGUGGCCAAAUCUG